AUGAUGGAUUUCGCAGAAAACCAAUCCGUCAACUUGCAGUCGACCGAGACGGAAGUGAUGCAAAGCGUAUUUGCCGAAUUUCGGGCGGCAAGUUUCCACAUUCCUGAACGGACGCUGUUGCACUUUAGUCGGUACGUCAACGGACCAUCCUCGAUUAGCUGCCGAUACAGAUCCUUGGAAAACGUCACCGGACCAAUCGCGAUUAGCCGCGCAUACCAGUCUGAGCCAAACGUGACCGGACCAUCCGCGAUUAGCCACCUGCAGUCCAGGCCUGCAAACGUCACGGUACUUUGCCGAGGACCAAAAUAUGCUCAAGCAGACGACACCGCCACGGCGGAAAAGUCACCGCAGGCAGAGAGCAGUCGUAAGCCGUCUGACGCCGAGUCGAUGGGCCUCGAUCUGGUCGACCUGCAGCCGGUUGCCCCUAUCUUCCGGAAAAUCCCACUGCCACUACAAUGCGCUGGCCCGUCAGUGUCCGUCGACCAUCCCCUUGUGCUCAUCCCGGGAAACGUUGUCGAGGCUCCGCCGCCAUCAGAUGACCGGUCCAGACGAGACGAGACCGUGCCAGAACUGCCGACCGUUCUCGCGGCGCGUUCCAGCCAGGCAGAACUGGAACCGGAUACCGGAAACAGCGGUCACGGUGACAGCGAUGCAAGCGGGGUGGUGGCAACCGUGGACGACCCCGCGGCCAAAUAUAAAAAACGCACCACAAUUUGGAGACGGACGAAGCGAAUCGUCCGUCGCAUGUUUUGUUGCGGCGUUUGA